AUUGGGUUGAGCAUGAAUGCCAUUGAUCAAUGUUGGAGGAUGAACCCCUUAUGGCAAAGACAUCGCUUGCAACUUGCAACAUGCUCGAUGGGUUAUGCAGGAAAGAUGACAAACAACAUUGGAAAAGACAUCAUCCAUUACAAAGUUAUAGAUCCUAACGAUGACCCAAUAAACCCUAAACUAGGCACAUUGAGAUAUGGAGCUUCCAUGAUUCAAGGUAAAGCUUGGAUCACAUUCCAAAGAGAUAUGCACAUUAAACUUCUUAGGCCCCUUUUCAUCAGCAGCUUCACUGCCAUUGAUGGCCGUGGUGUAAACGUUCACAUUGCUGAUAAUGCAUGUUUGAUGAUCUUUAAGGAAACAAACAUAAUAAUACAUGGCAUUCGAAUUCAUCACUGUAGGCCUCAAGCUGCUGGGAUGGUAAUGGGCCCAAAAGGGAAGGUGAUUCAAGUGGGUCAGGUUGACGGGGAUGCAAUUAGAUUGGUUACAGCAAACAAGGUCUGGAUUGACCAUAAUACCUUAUAUAAUUGUCAAGAUGGCCUCCUUGAUGUCACAAGGGGUUCCACUAAUGUCACUAUCUCUAAUAAUUGGUUUAAAGACCAAGACAAGGUUAUGCUUCUUGGACAUGAUGAUGGUUAUGCUAGAGAUAAGAAUAUGAAGGUCACCGUGAUUUACAACCAUUUUGGACCAAAUUGCAACCAACGUAUGCCUAGAAUUCGUCAUGGGUAUGCACAUGUGGCCAACAACCUCUACCAAGGAUGGGUGCAAUAUGCCAUUGGUGGAAGUAUGGGACCUAGCCUCAAGAGUGAAGCUAACCUCUUUAUAGCACCAACAUUUGGAAGCAAAGAGGUGACGUGGAGAAAAGACAGCAAUGAAGAUAAAGGAGAGUGGGAAUUUCAUUCAGUAAGGGAUGCAUUUGAAAACGGAGCUUGCUUCACAGAAACAAAAGGAGGGCGUGUGCUAAAGCCUUAUUAUAAUAGGGAACAAAUUUUUAAAGUUGUGGAUGCCAAAUAUGUGAGGGCAUUAACAAGAUCAUCAGGAGCCUUAUGCUGCACAAAAACCUCUAGAUGCUAA